UUCCGGUUGAAACCGAAAGCGGAAAAAUGCCCAAAAGCGAUGGAAAAUCAUCCUCCAUAAAUUCAGACAAAAAUGAUUCUUUGAAGCAAACAAAAAUGGGGAACUUUUUUUCAGGGAACAAAUCUGACAAAAAGCCCAAAAUGAAAAAGAAGAAAAGCGUUCUUGAUGAUGAAUCAUCUUAUUUUACAAGUUACCGCAGGAAUGAUUUGGAACAGUACAGAAAAGGAUACCCUGGUAAAAGGGAUAAUCCAAGAUUGAAUGACAACAUGAAGUUCUACAAGAAUGAAUUGAAAUCUUACCCAGAUGGAGACUUCAUAGAUAAUAUUCACAAAAAAUGGUGGGGAGAUUAUGAGAGACUUGAAAGGCAUCAUGGUUAUGUACAAUGGUUGUUUCCAAUCAGAGAAACUGGGAUGAAUUUCCAUGCACAAGAACUACAACAGUGUGAAAUUAAUGCAAUAAUGGAUGACCCUGUGGCUUUUGAUCGGGUGCUGAAAUCGUACAAAAUGAUGCUGGACUUCUAUGGCAUGGAAUUGGAUGAAAAAACAGGACAAGUCAGUAGGGCUAACAACUGGAGAGCAAGAUUUAGUCACCUAAAUAGGUCCUACCAUAACUAUUUAAGGAUAACCAGGAUUUUGAAGUUUCUAGGAGAAUUUGGUUAUGAACAUUACAAGCGUCCGUUUGUGGAGUUUACUUUGCAGGAAGCGAUGGAAAAUGAAACGUUAGAAAAUACACUAGAGAGUUGUGUUCGCUACUGGCUAGAGACCAUCAAAAGUGACAAAGAUCGCGAGCAACUGAAAGAUUACGUCAGAAAGAUGGAGGCAGGUUACAGUUCCCCGGAUGACGAUACAAACGAGUUGGUCUCAAGUGCAAAGGUGGACAAAAUGGUCGAAAAAUCCUUAGAGAAUCAGGCAGACAUAGACAAAAGAAAGAAAAUGGACGAUUCUGGCGAGGAUAUUGACGAAGCUUCUAACGAGGAAUGGAAGAAAAAGGAGGAACAAAUGAAAAAGAAUUCACAGAAAGAGGAAAAGGAAAGGUUAGGAAUAGAUACAGAGGAAACGGAAGGAAAGGAAAGGAAAGAGGAUGGGAUGAAUGAAGAAGAAAAGGAAGAUGUACAAAAAUUGUUGCAAGAUGAAGAAAAGAAGAUGAAAGAAUUGAAAGAAAAACAUGAGAUGGAUAUGGAAACAGACAAUGCUGACGAGAAAACCGGGGAAAUGGAUACGACUUAAACAUUUAAGUUUAUAAAAAAAAAAAUCAUUUCAGGUCGUAUUAUUAUGAUUGAUAUAUUGGGGUUAACUUAUGUGAAUUGUCAAUUUCAAAUAAAAUAGUUGCACAAACUCGCACAUUUGUAAACUGUCCAAACUCAAUGAUGCAGUCGUUCAUUGUAAUUUAUUCAUUGAUCCAAUUUUUAGCAUAGUAAUUUGUUAAUAUAUGUGAACAUCUCAAUAAAUUACUAGUAGUUUGA